AAACGUCCCUCAAUUACGAUCGGAAUCCGAGACGCCUACUCGGCUCUGCACGGGUGGAUCUUAGAAACCCUGCACUAACUCACUGCAUAUCUCUCCGUUUCCUUAUCUCCUUCGUUGUUUUCUCAUCCAUCUUCCCCAUCGAGCGGUGUCCCAUCUCACUCACUGACGCCAUGAUCAUCGCGAGCCUCUGACGCUCGCCACAGUAUCUGCCCAGGCCACUUGCCAAGCGUACUUACUCUCUGCCAGCUCGCAGGACACCUGCUACGGCGUCGUCUGAACAUGCAAAAGUCACAGUGGGCAUAUGACAAGAAGAUCCAUCAAGGAUAUGGGAGUGUCGCUGCCCCGUUACGCCUGAUGAAGUUGCCCAACUUGUUCAGCACCUCGACGUCAACGUUCUCAUUCAGGACUGCGACCGUCGAGUGUUUCCCGUUGACCAAUAUUAUCAAGGCUGGCACUAAAUUAUACCUGACGCUGGAACCGGUACAUAUUGUGCUAGGAAUCAAGGAGACACCACUCAAUGAGCUGGUCACAUCUCCUGUUUCUGCGCCGGGUUUGCGUUCAGGUCCUUCCACACCCCGCACCCAUCUAAUUUUUUCUCAUACCACGAAGGGUCAGCCCUACAAUAUGGAAUUGCUCUCCCGCUUCCUUGGUUCACAUGAGAAUCCAUCUUUGCCUCGGUUGAUUGGUUAUGAACUUCUUGUGGGCAAUGACGGCAAAAGAACAGUUGGGUUUGGGUGGUUCGCAGGAGUUGCUGGUGUUCUCGAAUCUUUGUCUGUACUUGCUCAUGUGCAUCUCGAACUUGGAGUUGCUUCUCCUUUCCUUAACAUCACAGACAAUAGGAUGCCUAAGGCAUUAGGACCGUUUUUCAUCGAGCUCACAAGAAGCGGGAAUGUGACACAAGGAUGUCUUUCCAUUCUAGACGAGCUCCCGAUUGUGGAUGUGGAUGUGAAGGACCUGCCUGCACUCGUUGCAUCAUACCUCAUGCUCUUCCUGAAUGACGUUGGCUGGCUCCCGUCUUUCCCACGACUUAUGAUGAACGAACAACUAGCCACUGCUCUCACCCAUGCGGCCGAAGUAGGGCGAGCACGUUUUGGAGUAGUCGGCGACAUCAGUUGCGACAUUGAGGGAGGUCUCGAAUUCUUCCCUCGUGGAUCGACACUCUUGGACCCCUUCUUCAAGCACCGACCAUCCUCUCUACCUUCUCGUCUUCUGAGCAUGACUAUCAUGUCUGUUGAUAUCCCUCCAUCAAGUCUUCCUCUCGAUGCUUCUCACAAAUCGUUGUCGAGAUGGGCGGCGGAUCUGUUGCGUGUCUCGCCAGGACUGUAUUGA